CCAUCUUAGAUCUCGGCCUUGCCAGGGCCCACCAGAGAAAACUAACGCUCUGGUCCUGUCAUACCUAUGGGGGACCAACCUUGUGCCUCCGGGAGAUCCACGCUCCCACCAGAAAAUACGCGGGAACCCAAGCCUCCAAAAAAGCGCUGUGUCCUGGCUCCGCGGUGGGAUUAUCCUGAAGGGACUCCCAGUGGAGGUAGAACCACUCUCCCCUCAGCGCCUCCUCCUGCGUCUGCUGGACUCAAGUCGCACCCUCCUCCUCCGGAGAAGUAGUGAAAUAGAUUUUUUUCCCAGCCGAAAUCAGUUUGUGAGGGAUUGCAGUAUGGCUCCAUUUCCUUGGUGCGUUUGUAAAAUAGUUCACCCACUGAAGACCAUGAAGAUUCUUUCCAAUGCUACCCUGCUUUUGCUGGUGUCCUGC